GUGGCGUGCGGUUGUUAUUAUAUAUGCGGUUGCGGGCUAAUCGAUGACCAACAUUACGUACGUAGUCGUGAUAUGAAACAGACGCACAAAUCGUUUUUACGGAUUUCAGUGUGUUUAAAACAUAUGUACAGUGAAUAAUGGUUUUUUAUGGUGCGAUUACGAUGUUUUUAGUGUGACGGGAUAAUGUGAUUUAAGAUUUAUAGUUUUUGUGUUUGGUUUGUGUAUUGAAAUCAGGAUUCUUGGAAAACGCGUACAUCAUUUGAAACAGAACACCUAGUGCUAGUGAUGUGUGUGCAGUUCAGAUCUCAGUCGAGAUAGUGUUGUGACAAUGAUGCGUGCUCACGUCGUGGCGAGCGUUUUGCUCAGCCUUCUACUGCAAUACUGCGUGGAGAGUCAGCAGGAGAAUCUUAUUGAAGAGUCAGCGGCCAUAGAGUCCCUGCACGCUCCUACGGGAGGGGGCGUGGAGCUACCCUGCGAUGUCACCCCAGCGCUACCUGACGACAAGAUGGGGCUCGUCAUCUGGUACAAACAGGGGCACAGGACGCCCAUAUACUCUUUGGACACUCGUGAAGGCGUCACUACGCAUUGGUCUGAUCCCACGACCCUCGGCGUGCGAGCGACGUUUCGAAGCGACAGCAGGCCGGCUGUACUGGUGCUCAGUAAGUUAAGGCCAGAAGACAGCGGGCAGUACAGAUGUCGCGUGGACUUCAUCAAGUCUCCAACCAAGAAUACUCGGCUUAACCUCACCGUGCUUAUACCACCGGAACGUCUAAUUGUCCUCAACCAAGAGGGGAACGAGAUACGAGGAGGAGUGCUUGGACCUUAUGACGAAGGGACAGAAGUGAAUUUAACCUGCGUUGCUGUUGGAGGUCGUCCAACAGCCCGCGUUUCCUGGUGGAAGUCCCAUGCCCUCCUAGCCAACUCUGAAGCAAGAGCUACUGUCUCCUUUAGACUGCAAAGAUCUGACUUCGGAACUGACGUCACUUGCCAAGCCGUCACGGAUCCGUUGAUUCCUCCCGUUUCAGAGAACAUAUCGAUUGACGUCAAUUUGCGACCUCUCUGGGUGCGUCUUCAAGGCGGCAAGAGACCGCUGGUAGCAGGCCAGAGCACCGAGCUGGUCUGUCAAGCUGUAGGAGCCAGGCCGAAGCCCAAUAUAUCCUGGUGGAAAGGCGGAACCAGAUUGAAGACUGUCAGGGAAACGACUUCAACCGAUGGUAACGUGACCAGCAGCAUCUUGACCUUCAUGCCAUCCAUAGAGGACGCCGGCAGGGUCCUCUCCUGCAGAGCCGUCCAACCUUCCCUGCCACACUCCACACACGAAGACGGAUGGAAAAUGGAAAUUCAGCAUUUGCCUGUCGUGAAACUGGAGCUUGGCGCUAAUCUGGACGCCAGUAAGGUGGUGGAAGGGUCUGACGUGUACCUCGACUGCAGGGUGCGAGCGAAUCCCUGGCAUAACCAUGUGUAUUUUACGCAUAAUGGCGCAGUGGUAAAGCCAGGUCCUGGGGUGCUGCUGGCUAACCAGAGCCUGGUGCUACAGAAGGUGUCCCGCAAGGCUGCAGGGUCCUACGUGUGCUCAGCGAGGAACAGCCUCGGAGAAGGAUCCAGCGACGCCCUGAUACUGGAUGUUAAAUUUGCUCCGACGUGUAAAUCGACGCAGCCGCUCGUGAUGCGCGCGGCGAGGGGGGAGCUAGUCGAGAUCGAGUGCGACCUGGACGCUAAUCCGAAGGACUCGAUGGCGUUCCACUGGUGGUUCAACAGCUCGGCGCACAGUAAACACGAACUUGCCACGUCUUCGAUGACCACAGCUCAAAACAUGCCAGGUACAUACCUCUACAUGGUGAAUACGUCGGCUGACUAUGGUUGGGUGCAGUGUUCCGGCAGUAACUUAGUCGGACGGCAGACAAAACCAUGUCUCUUCCACAUUUUACCCGCAGAUAAGCCAGCCACUCCGAAGGCUUGCGAGAUCACGAACGUCACCUACGACUCCCUGACACUCAACUGCACUCCGGGACACGACGGUGGUAUCCGACAGUCGUUCUUAUUACAGGUGUUCGACAUGACAACAGGGCUGCUACUCCGCAACAUUAGCAACGACGAGCCCGAGUUCGAAGUGUCAGGGUUGGCAGCGAGCACGCUCAGCGUCGCGGUGCGCGCCUACAACCGCAAGGGGUCGAGCGAGCCGCUCUCGCUCACCUCCAACCUGCUCAAGUACCCGCAGCGGCACACGGCCCAAGUGCCAGUGAAGGUGGAGCUGACCACGGUGCUGAUCAUCGUGCUGGCGGCUGUGGGCAUCAUUGCCACCAUGACUGCUGUCUCCGCCAUGGUGUUCUGUUGCCGAUACUGUAACAAGAAAGAGAGUAAAAACGAGAAAGAUAAGAGACAGCAAGACGAAACCUCUAAUAUACCAUUAACUGGAACCAAAGAAUCUGAAAGCGUCGAUAGUCUUGACAAAAACCCAGACAUAAUACCCCUAGACGGAAAAAUAAGCGACAGCUGUUCAAACAAGUCAUCCACAACCGACUAUAGUGCUAUACGACCAUUGAUCUCCAAAACACCAUCCGAAAAAUACGAUAUACCACCAAACUGCGACCGAUAUUACGACCACAACAUCGACACUUGCAACCAGUACAUCCAAGUGCGACCAGUGGAGUACCGACGGCCAACGUUCGCGCCAACGUUGGGCCCAAUGCCCAACCUUGGACCCAGCAUACAAAGCCUUGGACCAAUCAGUAGUCUGCAUAUGAAUGUUGGUGCCAAUGACUGUCAUAGAUACGAUAAGGUUUAUGAGGAUUGGUUGAAAUAUAAGAAUGCUUUGCCGUUGAAUACGAGUGGAUUGCUCCCAGCUGAACAAUUAAUGCCACCAGAACUCUACGCCACACCACCACCAACAAUUUACAGUAACCCGAACCGAAACCCACUUAACCUAGCCCAGAUGCCUGAGCUGGAGCCUAGGUACCACUUGGAGCCUAGGUCCCUCGCUAUGGACCCUAGGAGCUGUUCCAACUCGCCACCAGUGCGAUUCAAUGCGGACAACAGCGUGUACUACAGCAAAGGCGUGCUGGACAGAACGAAUAAUACGCUGCCACAUUUAAAAUCUAGGAUGAAUGUCAAUUCACCGAAUCAACUGAACGAUCAAAAGUGCAGUGCAAAAAAGCCAACAGACAGCAAUGCGGACCUUGCCAAGAUACCUACUAAGGAUUGUGAUUAAAUAUAAUAAAAUAGUUUAUGUGACUUCGUAAAGUGUAAAAACGUGUUGGACUUUUUGCCCGUCCGAAUAAGGUUUAAAUUGCGGUGUUUUAUGUUUAAUUUCAUUAUUUACGUUUCAUUUAUUAAUUAUUAUGUUACCAAUUAUUUGUACUUAAGGAAUCCUACACGCUCGGCGGUUUUGCGGCGUCGAAACGCUGCGUUUAACGGGAUUCCAAAUUUAAAUCACUGCCAAAUUUGUAUUUUAUUGUUUAAACGGAGGUUAGGAAAUUGUAAUAUACGUCAAUUUAAUAGAUGGAAAUUAAAAUAGUAUAAAGUUAACUCUGCAUCUUCCAUAAAGGUGUAUAAGACUGACAUUAUGUAGUUACACGAACGUAGAUAAUGAAAAUAUACUGUGUGCUUUACGAUUACUGCUUCGAACAUAAACUCUAUAUUAAUGUAUAUUGAGUUUAAAAUUGUACUACGCGGAACGAGGUUACCUUAAUAUGAUUACGUUUUCAAUAUCUUCUGAUGCAUAAUUUGUAUAUAACAUUUUAUUAACGCACACAAGUUGCACAAAGAUUAUAAAUCAUUAUAUUGUAAUGUUAACGGCCGUGUUCAAUAUUAUCCGUACCUAAAUUUUCAUUCAGAUUUCGAGAAUGAACCAAUCAAAGUAACUCGUUUGUAAACAUGUCAAAAAUACUUUAUUCUGAUUGGACCAUCUUGGAAUAGAUCGAAAAAAGCGAUUGUGAUUAUUUAUUGAAAAUAAUAUUUCGUUUAUAUUAUUUUUAAUUCAUUACUUGUAAUACAUGAGUUAGGGCCUAACGCACUCUGUAAUACUAAAAAUACAUUUAUGUCAAACAAGACAAUCAAUUAUUUAAAGUUGUAAUUAAAAAACUUUAUAUAAAACUUAUUGUUUUGUUUAACUACGAAAUUGAUAAAUUAUGAUCUGGGUGUCCUAUUCCGUGUACAGAGGCAAAUCCGUCUUCUUGUAAUUACGAGCGUUUUCUUCGAAGGACAGCUUCUAUAGCCAUAUAGGUAAGAGAGUCAAGAAAUCUGCUAUUUACCUAUACAGCUAUCAAAGCCGUCCUCCGAUUAGAACGCCCGUGAUUGCAAAAAGACGGAUAUACCCCUCUAGACGGAAUAGGACACCUGACCUGAUACGACGUUUUUUAAAACGCUUUUAAACCGCGGUGUCGGCGUUUUUUAAAACGCCACGUUUGUUUAGCAGAAGAUGUAAUCGUACAGCAGAAGCCUAAGGAUCCAAUUAUUAAUCCAAAAAGGAUAAUUUCUAAAUUGGAUCAAUGUAAAUAUAUGUAAAUAAUAAACUAAGCAUGUUAUACGAGAAGUUGCCAUAAUACUUAGAUUAAGAGCUGAUUUUCCAUUGAUAAAAGUUAUUCACAUAAACAUGAUCUAAUAAAAAAUGUACGUAUACAGUUCACAUUUACGGCUGAUUUUUGAAUGACGAAAAAAAUUAUUAAUAAAAUUAAUUGAAUUUAUAUUUGGACCUGUUUCACAAGUUCCAAUUUUUUUUUAUAGUAUUAAACAAUUAAUGUAGAUAGUUCGUUUUACUUUCAUUGUGAGCUUAGAUUAGUGUGACUUCUAUUUGGUCAGCUUAUACAGAGUCAUUUUGAGAUUGCGUUACUAAACGAAACCACAUACUUAACUACUAGGAAAUAACACUUCACGAUAAGUUACUUGAGCCGUAGAUUGAAAAUAAAAAAGUGUAAGUUACGAAAAUCAAUAUUAAUAAAAAAUAAUUUUAAUUUUACGCGCACUAAUGCCACCACUACUACUCUAAGAGAAUUCUUCGCAGCAACAUCAAACUUUCAGUCAAAAAUACACUCACACACCACAUUCGCAUUAAACUACACAAUGAUCAAAAACUCAGAAAACAAAAACGAGGAUUGGAUGAUUUUUGGCACAAUAUCAGCAAAGGUGAAGACGAGUAUGUGGUUUCAUUUAAUAACGCAAUGUGAAAAUGACCCUGUAUUUAUAACGAAUAUAAUUUACUGAGAACUUGUAUGACAGGGCCUAUAUAAUUUAUGUAUAACUAGCUUUUGCUCGCGGCUUCGCCCGCGUGAAGGUGUUUUCCAGGAUAAAAUUCCACUGUUUGAUAAAAGUCUUGCUACAUAUUUUCCCGGUACUUAUAGGUUCAAACUAAUUUUAUCCCCAAUCUAUAAUUUCAG